AUGGGAGGCUCUGGUUAUAAUUACAUUUUGAGAUGCCCCGUGACUCAUGGUGGCAUGAGGAUUUAUGAAAAAUUAAACUGCUUCUUCUGCAAUGCAGUUUGGAGAAACAUGUAUCCUAAAGCUCAUGUGAAGACGCUGCAUAGGAUGGAUAUCUCUAAUUAUCAUCUUAUGUUACUUACCCUCAUGGAUAUUGAGCUUAGAUAG